GAUGAACCAAUCACAGCAUUGGUGCAAGGGAAUGCCCGAAUCCAAUUAGAGUUACAAUGGAAUGAAUCCUCGAUUGAGCUCCAACCUCUCAAAUUUGAGCUUCAGAUAACGUUAGAAACAUAUUCGAGGAUUGACAUCCGUUAUUUAAAUAACUAUAUUUCUUUAUACACCGGUGGAUGGACGAUGCCAUCUAUUGAUUACAGAAACCAACUUCUACGGCUGGUCUCGAAAUAGUCGUGAAGGACACAUGCCGAAAAGGCGGCUUUACGCAAACGCUGCAUAUUUGAAUAAUUCGAAUCCUCAUUGUAGUGUGCAUGAUUAUUCAAGAGUUUUGUGACUCGACAUUAGCCUCAGGUGCAAGUCAUCGGCCACAGGUCGAGUCGUAAGUUGCAGCGCGGCUGGAAAGGACAAGCAUCGUGUGGGUACACUCAGGGAAAAGAGAUGGCGGGUAAAAGUGGGAAAAAUAAGGAGCCUAGUGCUCUUGCCAAAUUUUACCUACUUGGUUACAACUUAGGCCAAGUUAUUGGAUGGACGUACUUGUUAUACCAAAUUCAAGGGUAUUAUCUUGGCUUAGCAGGAGCUGAAACUCUAUGGAAUACUGUGCGAAUGACAGUUAUUAUUUUUCAAAAUGCUGCCGUUUUAGAGAUCAUUAACGCAGUGACUGGUCUUGUUCCAUCCAAUCCAGUCAUUACAAUAUUUCAAGUUCUUAGUCGCGUCAUGGUUGUCUGUGGUGUAAUUUUGGCUACACCCCUUGAAUAUGCGGCUGCAUCACCUGGCCUUCCCCUAGCUCUAUUAGCUUGGUCCAUCACCGAAAUCAUAAGAUAUUUGUACUACUUCCUGAAUCUCCUUGGACAUGUCCCUUACCCUAUUGUAUGGCUCAGGUACACAAUGUUUAUUGUCCUGUAUCCAAUUGGAAUUACUGGUGAACUGCUCUGUUUAUAUGCUGCCCAAACAUAUGCUCAAAUCAGUUCAGAAGCAUGGAGCCAUACAUUGCCCAAUGCUUGGAAUUUCACAUUCAACUACCGUUACUUCCUUAUUUUUGUAAUGCUUCUCUACAUUCCACUUUUCCCACAUCUGUACCUGCAUAUGUUUGCUCAGAGACGUAAAAUACUGGGAAGUCCUAUGCAAACGACAUCUAAGAAAAUACACUGAAUAAUCAAAUCAUCUGUACAUUAAUAUGAACUCUUCCGUAGUAAUCUAGUUGUUCUCUUUUUUUUAUACAAAGAUUUUGUAAUUACUGGUAAUGUACAUUUUAAGGUCUGAGCAAAUGAAAUAUAAAUUCAGUAAA